AUGACUUCUCCAAUCCUGGACAUUAUACCUCCGGAGAUUCAACUCAGGGUGUUUUCCUUCCUUCCAGCUCACAAUCUCGCUCAACUGGCUCGUACUUCCAAACAUUUCAAUGAAAUCGCCACACCCCUAUUCUGGACCGAUGUUGAACUUCACAUCCUCGGAUAUCAUGGCGCCCAACGAGAACUCAGCGUUCCUCCUCCUGUGCGCCAUCCACUCAGUCGACCAUAUCUUCCCCGAGAGCCAUACAGGAGCGCCGACCUAAGAGCAGAGCGUUUCUUCAACAUACUACAGACUCUCCAGAAGGAAAGACCAGAUCGGCUGGAAGUCGUUACAAAACGCAUCAAACAUCUCUGUGCAAAUGUCGACCCUGGUUGGGAACCGAGAGGCACGGCUCGCAAACGGAUCUAUACCGAUCCCAUUUCAGUCUGGGAGACGCUGCCCUACAUGACGAAUUUACAGUCGUUGGAGCUACACGGGGACACUUACAAUCAUCGUACUAAGCCAGAUCCUGUUCAGGAACUUACCGGCCCUACCCCGAAGCUUCGAUUUAUAAAACUUGGCGGGUACAUGCCAGCGUCUAUACCUGCAUGGGCUCUCAGGGCCGCAGACACUCUCGAACGCAUUGAGCUUCUUAUGUUGGAUCGUCCGAUUUCCACAAACGGGAAUAAUACAGGCCGUUACUUGCCUCUUGCUCAUGAAAAGAUCACCAGACAGAGGGAUGGCGAGGAUGAUGACGAUGGCAACGCUUCGGACUGGGGCAGCCUCAGCGGCGAGGCCGUUAUUCCUCGUCCUCUGGGAGGUUACCUAACAACCUGCGGCAAUAACGAGCUCCGGCUUCCUAAACUCAAACACCUAUACCUCUGCCAACCCUCCGAAUCAGACUACGAGCGAAGUUACGACCAGUACAGCUGGUCCACGCGCGCCGAAAAAGCAUGUUACAGCGAUUGGCGCAAGAUUCUCAUCGCAUCCAGGCCAGCAUUAUCAACACUCGUUCUCGAACAGCGUCCAGCAGCAGAUUCCGCCGAAAAGGUCUCCGAGGAUGAAUGGAUGGAGAACAGAGUUUGUCCCCAAGCGAGCAAGAACCUCCUCAAAAUGGUCCGAAAGGUGAUAGAGGCGGACAAGAGUCAAGUGUUUCUACAGCGUGUAUAUCUAUAUGGUAUUUUUGUUGGGAUACUUGAAGACGGGAUGCAUGAUCCGGCAGAACCUUCAGGUAAAUUUCUUGACUUCCUGAAGGGCAAUGGUAUUGAGUGCGAGGCUAGGCUUGGGCAGUGGUGUCGUUUUGAUUGGAUUCACGGUCCGACGUCGUGGAAUUCUUUCUAUGGGGAUGAGAGAUAUGAUGGUAUCCAGGAGGUUGGAGAUGAGAGCAUGAAAUGGGAUGAUGUGAUGGCUAGGGUUUAG